AUGGUCCCAAAACUCAUCAUAAUAACAUGUAAACAACCCCCAACUUCAAUCCCUUCAUUCAACAUCUCAUCCAUCAAAAUCAAAGAAAACCCCCAAACACUAAAAACCACCACCACAACACCCUCCACAAAAACAAUACCUCCACCCACCACCACCACAACCACCACCAAAAACACAAACAAAAAACCAGAAACAUCAUUCCCUGGACUCCUAUUCAACACAUUCGACGACAUCAUCAACAACUUCAUCGACCCACCAAUAAAGCCAGCCCUAGAUCCAAGACAUGUUCUAUCUCAAAACUUCGCUCCAGUCCUAACCGAACUCCCUCCAACACAAUGCGAAAUCAUCAAAGGCACACUCCCACCGUCACUCAACGGCGCUUACAUAAGAAACGGCCCAAACCCCCAGUUCCUUCCACGUGGACCCUACCACCUCUUCGACGGUGACGGCAUGCUUCACGCCAUCAAAAUCUCAAACGGAAACGCCACACUCUGUAGCCGUUACGUCAAAACCUACAAAUACAAAACCGAAAACGACGCCGGUUACCCUCUCUUCCCCAACGUCUUCUCCGGUUUCAACUCGCUUAUCGCCUCCGCCGCACGUGGAUCCAUAACCGCCGCACGUGUUUUAACCGGUCAGUAUAAUCCAUCCAACGGCAUUGGAUUAGCGAACACAAGCUUAGCUCUGUUUGGUAACCGUCUUUUCGCUCUCGGAGAAUCCGAUCUUCCUUAUGAAAUCAAUCUAACCCCAAACGGUGACAUCCAAACAAUCGGCCGUUACGAUUUUAACGGUAAACUCUCCAUGAGUAUGACGGCGCAUCCCAAAAUUGACGCCGACACCGGUGAAGCUUUCGCGUUUCGUUACGGUCCUAUUCCACCGUUUUUAACUUACUUCCGUUUCGACUCUAACGGAGUUAAACACGACGACGUCCCCGUUUUCUCCUUGACAACACCUUCGUUUCUUCAUGAUUUCGCUAUUACGAAAAAGUACGCUGUGUUCGCUGAUAUACAGCUUGGGAUGAAUCCUCUUGAUAUGAUCUCCGGUGGCUCUCCGGUUGGUUCCGAUCCUUCGAAGAUUUCGAGGAUCGGGAUUCUUCCUCGUUACUCUAACAACGAGAGGAAGAUGAAGUGGUUUAAUGUGCCAGGGUUUAAUAUUGUUCACGCGAUUAACGCGUGGGAUGAGGAAGAUGGAGAAACGGUUACUCUUAUUGCGCCGAAUAUUCUCUCUGUGGAGCAUACUAUGGAGAGAUUGGAUCUUGUUCAUGCGAUGAUCGAGAAAGUGAAGAUUAACGUUGAGACUGGGAUUAUUUCACGACAACCGUUAUCAGCGAGGAAUCUUGAUUUCGCGGUGAUAAAUGGUGAUUAUAUGGGGAAGAGGAAUAGGUUUGUUUACGCUGCGAUUGGGGAUCCGAUGCCGAAGAUUUCGGGGGUAGUUAAGAUUGAUGUGUUGAAGGGAGAGGAAGUUGGGUGUAGGAUGUUUGGAGAGGGUUGUUACGGUGGUGAACCGUUUUUUGUGGCGAGGGAAGGUGGGGGUGAGGAGGAUGAUGGUUAUUUGGUUAGUUAUGUGCAUGAUGAGAAGAAGGGAGAGUCGAGGUUUUUGGUGAUGGAUGGUAAGUCGGCGGAGUUGGAGGUUGUGGCGGAGGUGAAGUUGCCGCGACGGGUGCCGUAUGGUUUUCAUGGGUUGUUUGUGAGGGAGAGUGACAUUACAAAGUUGUCGCUGUAG